AGCAGCCGAGAGUAUCGGACCGGCACCGGUACCGUUGUCGCGGGAGGGCAACGGAGCCGAGCCGGGGAGGGCAGCCCUGGCGUGGGGUACACGGAAGUGUGGAGCCCGGAGGCGCUGCAGAGUAAUGCCCCUGGCCGACAGGAGAUGGUCUCAGGCUGCGGUUCGUGCUUCGCUCUGACGUCCGUCCCGCGCUGAAGCGAUGGAUGAAUCUGAUGAUGACUUUGUGGAGCUGGUGAAGAGGGGACCCCGGCCCACAGCUGAAGCGGGAGGCAGGCGCUGUAAAUCGGUCAGCUGGGACACGCCGGUUUCCUUCCCCACGAGGGCCAAGCUGAAGGAAAAGCAGGCACUUUCCAGUGAGCCGAACUGCGCCAGCAGAAGCAAGAGCUGCAGCGAUGGGAACCCCGCGAGCCAUCAGGCGGAGGGUCCUGGAAGCCAGGUACCCAACCCACCGGCCCCUCCCUGCAGCCACCCAGUACAGCAGCCCUGUGAGGACACACCCGGCCGCACAAACCCCAAUGCCACACAGCUGCUUGGGACCGCAAGAGUCAGAGAUGGUUUCACAGGCAUUUUCUUUGGCAGGCGUUCCAGCCGUUCCCAGACUCGGAUGGCCAGCCGGCUGGGCGUGAAAGAGCGAGUGCUGGGAAACAUGCAGAAAUUCAGGAGGAAGGAGCCCGAGCGACUGCGACACGCUACUGACGAGGACACGCGUUCGACUCCAGCUCUUCAAGAGGAUGGGAAGAGGGAGGUCGCCAGCUCGCAUGAUCCACGCCAGGGCAGUGGCGGAGAGCAACAUCAUCUGCCCUCAGUAUCCCUCCCUGUAACGUUCACUUCCGAUGAAUACCAACAGCACGCACCCAGCGACGCGUCCUUGCCAGGGGAGCUCCAACGGGAAAUGCGAGCAGCUGCUGUCUAUACGCUGGAAGACAACGGGCUCUUCUUUUGCCUGAUCUGUCAGAAAGAUCUCUCCAACAUGAACUCUGUUCGGCGCACGCAGCAUAUCAACAGGUGUCUGGAUGAAGGAGAACAGAGGGCGGCUGCAGCCAGCUCUGCAAUCGUACCUCUGGUUCCCGAGUGUCCGAUCUGCGGGAAGCGCUUUAAAACCCUGAAGGGCCGAGUGAGUCACCUGAAACGCUGUGCGAGUGAAUUGGAGGUCCCUCCGCAGCUCCUGCUGCAGGCAGUCCAGAGACAGAACUCGCAACCUCCUGAAAGCUCAGGUCCUCACGCCGGCGUUCAGCCCGGUCGAGCAAAGAGGAAAGCUUCAACAAGAGAAAAGCAGGCGACGAAAAAGUACAGGCAGCAAGUGGACGAGGAAACAAUGGUUGCCAUGGCCUUAUCGGCCUCUCUGUUAGAACAGGAGAGACGGGAAGGGGCAGAACUGACUGCAAGUCUGCAGGCUCAGAACUUCAGCCUACCCAAAACAGUGCCUCCUGCUGACAGGAAAUGUCAAAAGAAGAAGAAGGCUGGCCCUUCAUUGCUACUGACGCAGGAUCCGGAAUUGACCCUUAAACGCGUCCAGGACCGCCUGUCGCUGCUCUUGUCGGCGGAACGAGAGGAGUGCCCCACCCCGCCGCUACCUGCCAGUACUUUUACCCCGGGCGGGGUCCUGAAACGCGUCUGGCACGUGCAGCCGGGGACAGCUGAGCAAGACAGCCUCUGGUGUCGCAGUGCCCUGUCCAGAACUGGCGAAGGGGACGCUGUGCUGUUCUACACAAGUGACCUGGUCCCUCCUAUAGUCCCUUGGAAGCCGCAGCAGGAGAAAGCUCAGGCUGGUGAGGAAUCACCGUUACCCUCUGCAGCCCCCACCAGAUCCAGCCCGGGGCUGGCCUCCCCACACUCCUCAGCAGAGGACAGGUUUGCGGCUGGGAGUGAGCAGGAGCACACCUUCUUCGACCUGAUGGACCUAGCAGGCGAGGGAUUGACGCUGACGCAGUGGGAGUCUGGAGUGAACGCACAGGAAGGCAGUGAGGGAUCAGGAAGUGAAGGGAAUAAUUGUCCAAUUGUGCCAAGUGGAUUUGUCCCAGCCCAGAGCGAGGGAGGAUGUGCCAAUAGCCUGCAGAGUGGAUUGAGGAAGCUGGCCGCAGACCUGGGCACGAUGGUGAAUAACCCUCACCUCAGCGAUGUGCAGUUUCAGCUGGACAGUGGUGAGGUUGUGUACGCUCACCAGUUCAUUCUCUAUGCUCGUUCUCCACGCCUCGUGCAGACUGUGCACAGUGAGGGGUUCCUGGUGGGAGAGGACAACGACGCUGAGACUCGACGACUCUUACUGCCUGAUGUUACAGCGCAAGCAGUUCUCUCCUUUCUCCACUACCUGUACGACACCAGUAUCUCGCUGUCGCCCGCUGUGCUGCCAGACCUGCGUGCACUUGCCAAAAGGUUCGCUGUGAGUGAGCUGGAUGAGAUGUGCAGAACCUAUUCAGCGGGAGCUGAGCCUCACGGGGAGGAUUCUGAAGAUGAUCCAUUUGCUGGAGUGAAAGAUGAAGAUUAUGGGAUCAGAGAAGACCACCUGCAGGAUCUCCUGAGGUCCAUGUGGAUGGACGAAGUUGAAGAGUCAGCCUUCCUUACCCCCGCUGCAGAGGAUGAUGGCGCAGACGAAGCCGACGAGAGAGUUGGGGACGAGGAGUUAGAUGAGCUCUAUCAGUUUGCCGCAACUCAGAGAACCUCCCUUAAGAACAUUGAAACAAGCGGGAGACUCGGCCGUGAGAAUGGCAGUGCAGGAACUGAGGGGGAGGCUGACACUUCUGGAGAAAGCGAGCAGAGUGUGGAGGGGCCAAGGACUGCAAGUGUGCCUGCUGAAGACCCAGUCACCGGAAAUGAGAUGGCAUCUGCUUUGCGGAGCCUUUCAAAACCCCUGGAGACGCCUUGGAAGGGCGGAGCAUUUCAGCUGAACCGUAGCCUUGAAUCUGAUGUAAACUGUAACAGCAGCGACUGCCUGUUUUCAGAGACUGAUGUACCAGUGGAUCUGGAGCCAGAUGUGGAUCUGCAGCCAGAUGUGGAUCCAGAGGCUGGUGUCUCCUCAGCAGGCAGGUCAUCCUCCAGGAAGGGCUCCAUCAGGAGUAACUUUUCCGACCACUGCAGUAUCACCAGAAUAUCCCCCACGUGUGACGCUGAAAGCCCGUCUGCUUGCGUGAGCUUUCCUAACCUGCCUGUGGUCGGGCUGUCACCGUUGGAAGUAAACGAGAGAUCUGCACAAGCUGAGUGUUCAGCCUCACCGCCCAGACCCACACACCGUGAAACACUGGGUGACGUCUCAGCGACUCCCUGUGGGCAACCACUAGGUUUUCCUGGAGUUGCACGGGAUCUGGCCGAUCUGAAAUCUCCGGGAUCCCUGCAAGGGGAAUGGCCUUCAGAGCCAAAGGCUGCCUCCGUUAGUGCAUCUUUGUCACUUUCACCUCCAGGUACCUGUGAGGGGCAGCAGUGUGACCUGGCAUCACCCAUUAGUAUCAACUCCAGUCCGUCUGCAGCAGAGAACAGGUCCAACGAUGUUGUGGUGGUCAUCGAUUCCGAUGAGGAAGUGGGAAUAGUUCAGAGUGAAAUAAUGCGACCCAGUUCACAGUCGGUGCCUUUGGCCCCUGACCCGAGCACUGCAGGUAAAUCUGACGUAUUGUCAGUCUCCAAGGCUGACUGCAGGACAGCUGGACUUCCGUCGAAGCGUUGGGCUGAAUCGCGGAGGACUUGCGUUCCCGAGCUGUUGGGUGUUGCUAGGCAGCAUGGUCAAGGAAGCCAGGACGUGAACAGUGAAAGUGAACUGACCCUGCGGCUGAGCAGCGAUGGUGAGCAGAACCAGCCAGACCUCAAGGCGGAGCUGUCCUGGCUGGUCCCGGCCACUCCCCUUCCGGCAGGGACCGCCUGCUCCUCCACACAGACCCAGCAACCUGUUUUAGAGAACCAGACCGUGAAAAGAGGCAUGUUGUGUGAGGACCCAGUGAACCAGGAAUCCACCAGGUUAAAAACUAACAGUGUGGGAGAGGAGGUUACAGUGACAGCUACCCCGGAGAAGACAGCCUUCAGAGGCGUCCAGGAAGCAAGCCCAGCCAGUGAACUGGAUUGUUUUGUGGAGGGGAGCUUUAACGAUCAGUCGUUCAGCGAUUCACCACCUUUCACCCCUUUCCCUCUAACACAGACCUCGGACUGCGUUGUUGAGUUGGAGAGUGACGCCGGCUGUUCGCCGUCAGCCCGGCCAGAGGCCGCACUGUCUGUGUCUCUCAGCUCAGAGGAGAAGGAAACCACGGACACCUCUGUGCUGGAGAUCAUGGACGUGGAGGAGAAGAUAACUGCUCGGGCUGAACACUUUGAGGAUGAGCCCCCACUGCCUUUUGACAAUGAUUUCUGGCCCUCUGAGGGCAGCCCUUGCCUCGAGGAUGAGAAUCCAAGCAUUGGAGAGGCCUCCCCUCGCGAGACAGCCACUCGGGUGACGAGCUGGGAGGAAACUUAUCCCGUCGCUAAUGGACAGAAUAAAAACAGCACCCCACUUCCAAAGGAAUCAAAUCCCACGCCUUCCUUCGCAUCCGCAGAAGAGCCCGGUGGCAGAGACCCGGAGAGUGCCCUCUCCAGAAGGCAGGAUCCUAGUUCUCUGGAUUCUAAACUCUGGGAUGAUUGGGAAGAGGAGGAUGAACUUCCUGAGGCCAGGCAUGGAUUGUCUCAGAAGCUACCUGCCACUGAAUCGAAUCGCAGAAUCUUGGAGCACAAUAUUGCAGUGCCUAUUGGUGGAAGGAGAGCCCACCAGCAAACAGCACCGAUCACCCCAGAACCACCGUACUCAACAAUGGUCACGCCCUGUCUGAAGAGAGAGCUGAGCAGGUUUGGUGUUCGACCCAUGCCGAAACGGAAAAUGAUUCUGAAAUUGAAAGAGAUUUAUGAUUACACGCAUCAGACUGUUCAGCCAGACACCACUCGAAUAUCUUCACAGAAAACAAAGCCGGUCCAACUGAACAAACCAGGAACAAGCUCAGUGGACCAGCCGAAGACUGUUCCAUCACGGACUAAGGGUCUGAAACACAGCUCCACUUCAGUAGCUAAAGGUUGCAAGAAGGAUUCUAAAGGACGUCUCAAGGCCACCAGUAAAAAGAAAAAGGGAAGUGUUGUGCCAGACAGACUCGGACCCGAGGCCAGGCCUCCUGUCACCUCUGAAGCGGAGAACCAGCUGUCCUUGUCUCAAAGCUCCUCCUCUUCAGCAGCGAGUGGGAGUUCCUAUCAAUCAGAAAGGAUGUCGGCUGGUGAAUUUGAUGAUGUCUUCAGUGCGGAUUCAGAUGCCGAAGAGGAAUUUGGAAUCACGCCGUCACAGGCAGUGGUCCGCGAGGCCGACACAAACAAGAGUAUACGGCAGUUCAUUCUAUCAAACUCCUCUCUAUACAGCGACAUCCUGCAGUACAAGCCCUUCGAGCUGUCUGACUUCCACCAGCAGCUCAGAGACAGCGGCAUAAAGGUCUCGAAAAGCAGGCUGGUGGACUUCCUCGACGCUCAGUGCAUCACCUUCACCACGGCCAGAGCGCGGAAGGAGCUGACACAGCGGAGAAAGCUGGGGGCCGCCAAGUGUGGUCGGAAAAAGGCGAGUCACAGCAAGAAGCGAGAGCAGGGGUGGAAGAUGCAACUGUCUGACGGGGUGAAAGCAUCGGGGUAACACAGUGUUAAUGCCAGGAGCUUUAAUCUGGUCAGAAUUAUUGACGUCUGUGGGAUAUUUUACCAAGCCUACCAUUUCACACUGGAACCUUGUAACAGGAGCUUUGCUGUAUCAUACAAGCUCCAAUCUAAGGUGAACUUUGUCACUUUCGGUCGAGCUGCACUCAACAGUUUGAGUUCAGUGCCUAGAAGGUGUGCCCAUUCUGGGGGUGGGCAGAGUGAAUCCCGGGUAACAGUGUGAUCAAAGCCUGGUGGAUCUUUCACACGUGGUCAGUUCCUGGCCUGGCAUUGUUCUCCAUCUGCGUCGGCAUCCAUAAUUGUAACCACAUGCACUUGAAUGGGGAAAGCAAAUGCUUUCUUCAGUGGGAUUGGUUCAAUAACUGCACUUAACCCCUACACUGGUCUGUCCUUUAAUACCUGUGACCCAGUCUCAGUCCACAUAGCUGUAUAUAAUUGUAUUAAAAAAAUAUUGCUCAAAACUUUGUAGCCAUGAUGUAGAGAGAGAGAAACUCGAUUAUUUUGAGUUCUGGGUGUAAGAUUUGCUUCACCAGUAAUGCUGAUUUCUCUAUUGUACGUGAAAUGGACUUGACAAGUUUUGAUAAGUGAUGCCCAAUUUUAUGCAGUAGUCAUACCUUAUGUGUGUGUAUCUGCCACUGAUGCAGCGAGUUGUAUUUCAGGCUGGUGAACUGUACAGAUUUCCUAUGAGAUUCAUCUGUAUGUUAGCAGAGUGAAUCUACUAUUUAAAAAGAAAUAAAACAAGUACACUUUUAACCAUGCAUUUCCAUUC